CUAAAAGCUGAAGAAAACGACCAAGAUGUCCGAAAUUGGGACCAUCGACAGCCCCAUCAGCAGACACCUUUCCACCGGAGAUCGUCGCCCACAUACACUAUCUCCUACCGCCCUCCCGCUCUCUACUCCGUCGAUUUCGCCUCCGCAAAUCCGAAGGCAAAAAAGCUUGAUUUUCCUCCGGUCGAGCACUCCUACCAGUGGUUCGACGUUUCGGGCUCUUGCAAUGGCUUGGUUCUAGUUUCUACUGAAGGUAAUUCCAACUUCUUAUUGAAUCCAUUGACUCGAGAAUGUAAGAAACUGCCAGAAUCGCCUUUGAUGACUCCUUUUCGCCUCUUGGGUCAUACAUUUUGCAACCUGGGUUGGGUUAUGAAUCGUAUACGGAUGAUUACAACGUUGUGAUGCUUUAUAACGAUCGUUUUAAAUCUUACCUUCAUUAUGACUUUCAUGGUGAUGCUAGUAUAACGUAUGUUGCUGUCUAUUCACUGAAAACUGAUGCUUGGAGUCACUGAAAACUGAUGCUUGGAGGCUCCAAGCAUCAGUUCUCGGUGAAUUGACAGCAACAUUGGAGGAGAAUUCAAGAAACCCAUUAUAUCCCUGUGGAUGCUGCUACCGGGGUUCACUUUAGUGAACCUCUCCAUUGGCUUUGUCAGAGGACUGGUCCAUUGGCUUUGUCAGAGGACUGGUGGUUUGGAUGGUUGUGUAGUUGUUGCUUUCAAUUUAUUGGAUGAGAUUUUCAGGGAAGUGCUGUGGCCUGCUUUGCUUGAUGAUCACGAGUUUGAGUUUCCUCAUAUUGUAGUUCUUGGCAGUUGUCUCAGUUUGGUUCUUAGGCAGCCUAGUCAACUGGUUGAUGUUUGGAUGAUGAAGAAAUACAGGGCCUUCCAAGACACUAUACAGUCAGGCACAAAUACAUUGAGACCCUCGUCUCACCUAAUCGUGGAGGAUGGAUUAGGAGAUACUAUGAAGCUUCUUCAGGUGAAAGUUCAAAGAGUUAUCAGGUGUGCUUUGAUCGCUGAUGAAUUCGAUGAUUCUUGUACUUGGGUUUUUCAGACAUGGCAUAGGGCAUUGUCAGGUCGCCUUCCGUUGUCAAUAGUCACUGACCAAUACAAGGCCAUGAGUCCAACAUUCAAUUGCAGAAGUAUUUCUAAGUAUGGUAUUCUACGGGAUGUUGAUACAGGUGGGUCCCAAGAUUUCAGGGCCUUGAUGCUAAUGGACUUUAAGAGAAAAAACCCCGUAACUACAUUGAGGCAGGGACAGCAUUGAGGCAGGGACAGCAUCUCUAGCCCCUUACAUUUCUGAUUACUUUCUUGUUUUGGUCAGGGUUAAAACUAAGAUUAAGAUUGGCAAUGGAGUGAUGGUCGCUUCAGAAGAAAAACUAAAAAUCUCUUAAGCCUGUUCUAUUGAGUCCACAACUUUGAAAUCACGUGCCACCUUUUAAGAACAGGUGGACACGACAAAAUACUCAUGGUUUGGCACUAUGUCUCCUUUCUAUCUGGUCAUUUACGUCUCUCUACCCUCAUUUUCCCAUUUGAUGUUGAUGAACGCUCGUUUCAAAGAAUUGGCAUAUUUUGUAUGUGUGGAGCUUUUAAGUCAGUUACUUUCUUCAUUUUUCUCCUUGAUCAAAACACUCUUUUGGAUAGGUUUCCGAGAACGCUAGAUGAAGCCAGGAGCGGUCAAUCUUCCGAAAAGGAAGAAAGUUAUGAGGUGGAACCGAGUUCAGACUUAGACAACUCCAAGGCUUCGAGUUGAAGCGGAUACUUUUUCAACAUGUAAGAUGCUUGGAUUUCCUCCGAGUUGGUCCAGAUUGUGGAAGGUCGAGGCUAUGAGAAGGCCUCGAGGAUGUUUGAGGAUCAAUAUUGGAGGAAAUUGUUCAUCAAGAUGCCUGAUGAUAGGAAGAGGUUUUAAUUUUGGUGCAGAUCCUGUAGUGAUUAGCUAUGGUUCAUGUCGAUUUUUGGUUGAUUAUUGGCAUGUUGUCGUACUUCUUUUCAUGCCAUGACCUAUCAAACAGUUGACUCUUAAAAUUAAUGUUCCUUUCACAUGUUAGAUGGCUUCUUAUUGUUUUGUUUGUGGUAAGAUUUCG